UACAUGGGGAAACAGAAGUGCUGCUGUAUCUACAUGGGGAAACAGAAGUGAUGCUGUAUCUACAUGGGGAAACAGAAAUCAGAAGUGCUGCUGUAGCUACAUGGGGAAACAGAAGUGCUGCUGUAUCUACAUGGGGAAACAGAAAUCAGAAGUGAUGCUGUAUCUACAUGGGAAACAGAAGUGCUGCUGUAUCUACAUGGGGAAACAGAAAUCAGAAGUGAUGCUGUAUCUACAUGGGAAUCAGAAGUGCUGCUGUAUCUACAUGAGGAAACAGAAGUGCUGCUGUAUCUACAUGGGGAAACAGAAAUCAGAAGUGAUGCUGUAUCUACAUGGGAAACAGAAGUGCUGCUGUAUCUACAUGGGGAAACAGAAGUGCUGCUGUAGCUACAUGGGGAAACAGAAGUGCUGCUGUAGCUACAUGGGGAAACAGAAGUGCUGCUGUAUCUACAUGGGGAAACAGAAGUGCUGCUGUAGCUACAUGGGGAAACGGAAGUGCUGCUGUAUCUACAUGGGGAAACAGAAAUCAGAAGUGAUGCUGUAUCUACAUGGGAAACAGAAGUGCUGCUGUAUCUACAUGGGGAAACAGAAGUGCUGCUGUAGCUACAUGGGGAAACAGAAGUGCUGCUGUAGCUACAUGGGGAAACAGAAGUGCUGCUGUAUCUACAUGAGGAAACAGAAGUGCUGCUGUAGCUACAUGGGGAAACAGAAGUGCUGCUGUAUCUACAUGGGGAAACAGAAGUGAUGCUGUAUCUACAUGGGGAAUCAGAAGUGAUGCUGUAUCUACAUGGGGAAACAGAAGUGAUGCUGUAUCUACAUGGGGAAUCAGAAGUGAUGCUGUAUCUACAUGGGGAAACAGAAGUGAUGCUGUAUCUACAUGGGGAAUCAGAAGUGCUGCUGUAGCUACAUGGGGAAACAGAAGUGCUGCUGUAGCUACAUGGGGAAACAGAAGUGCUGCUGUAUCUACAUGGGGAAACAGAAGUGCUGCUGUAUCUACAUGGGGAAACAGAAGUGAUGCUGUAUCUACAUGGGGAAACAGAAAUCAGAAGUGCUGCUGUAGCUACAUGGAGAGAGAAUAUAGGGUUUUCUGUUUAAUGGAAGGAGGGGCUGUUGGUGAUGAAACUCUUUGCAAGGCGUCGUCGGAAGGGGAUUAUGAUUGCUGAGUGUUGCGAUAUAGGCUACCUCUCUGGACUUGUGAAAGUAGCACUUUGUUCUUUCAUCCUCCAGGCACAGCAGGCAAAGCGUUGUCAUUUUUACUUUCAUGUGCUUUACUUGGUUGACCUGUUUUAAGUAGGCAACAUCUGUGACGUUAAAUGAGGCUUUGUCAAUGUUAUUUUCCCAAUAUUUGACUUGUCAAUGUUACUUUUCCAAUAUUUGACUUGUCAAUGUUACUUGUACCAUAUGAAAAACGUGUGCUUCAUUUACAUGAACAUCAACCACUCUGAACUAGAGUUUGUACACUUAUUAUGAAUGUUGACGUUUAGCCUUGUGUGUGUGUACAGUGGUGUAAAAAUACUUUAAAGUACUACUUAAGUCGUAUUUUGGGGUGUCUGUACUUUACUAUUUAUAUUUUUGAUAUACUUUUACAUCACUACAUUCCCAAAGAAAAUAAUGUACUUUUUAGUCCAUACAUUUUCCCUGACACCAAAAAGUGCUCGUUACUUUUAGAAUGCUCAGACAGGACAGACUUAUUGUUCAAUUCAUGCACCAAUCAAAAUAAUGCAUUGUCAUUCCUACUGCCUCUGAUCUGGCGGACUCAAUAAACACAACUACUGUGUUUCUAAAUGAUGCUGGAGUGUGCCCCAGUCUGUCUGUAAAUACAAUAUAUAUAUAACAAGUAUGCUGUCUUGUUUGAAAAAUAAAAGCAAUUUGAUGUAAUGCAUAAAAAAUAAAAAAAACUUUUCUCAAGUAUCACAAUUGUGUACUUUUUCCACCACUGUACUUAAGUACAUUUAAAACCAGAUACUUUUUUACUGAAGUAGUAUUUUACUGGGUGACUUUCACUUUUACUUGAGUCAUUUUCUAUGAAGGUAUCUUUACUUUUACUCAAGUAUAACAAUUGAGUACUUUUUCCACCUGUGGGCGCAUGCGCGUAGUACAUAGGUUACUAUCUACAUGAUGAGACAAUCGUUUUCAAUUCAGUCAGUUGUCUGAUGGUCCACUAAAUCACUGAAAACCCUACAAAUAGCAGAGUGGAUUUUUGUAGCAUAGCAUUACAGUGGGAGCAAUAUUGUCGUCUUGUUUAAUGAGUCUACCAAAGCAGCAGUGGAUUGGACAGACAGAGUAGGCCUAGCUUUCUGUUUGCUUAGUGACGACACUGAUGAGCUCUUAACCAUACAGAGCCAAUUAACUACAAAUAACUGACUUAUUCCUGUUCCAGAGAAGCUUACUCUCAUGUUGUAGAGAAAUUGGACACAUUUCUGUUGUUCAAUAUGGACAAUACUGUUGUAUUCUAUUGUAGUCCUAAGGUCAGUAAUACAUAUAGGAUCCAGUAAUGGUAGUUCAUGGAUUGAAACAUUUCACCAGUGAGUGAGUGUGUGUGUGGGCUGCCUGCAAUUCUCCCUGCCUCCCUCUGCCAGCGUUAGACUAUGGCUGCUGAUGUAUCAAGAGCGAUUCCCUUUUAAUCAAGUCCUCCAGGCAGAUAGAGCGUUGAAGGCCAAUGAAGUCCUCGCUCUCCUCCGAGUCCCACUGCGGCUCUCGACACAAUAUCGAUUCAAUAGACCACAGCGGCACUGUAUUCAACUUGGAAAUAAGCCUAGCCAAGUUUGGCGUAUUUUAGAAAACACCAAAUCACAGGUACUAAGAGUGUGCUGAAAUUUCUUUCCAAUUUUCUUUCAACAUAUAUGCUGAACAACUGACAUAGAGCUUCCUCACACAAAAACGUUGUCUAGGCCUAAUCUGUGGUGUAGCUUGGGUGUAGGCCUAAAGUACAACACUGAAUGAUGGACAGCAGAUUGCAACCAAGUGCCUCUGACAAGAAUAUCGGCUGACGUUCUGUUACUUUUCCAACUGUUCUACAUGUUGAUUCUGCUAAAACAGCAUAGCCUAUGUUUAAAAACCAAAAAAAGCUUUAUGACUUAAUAACAUGUUGAGUAUUUAUUUUAAUCUAUGGCAACAACCAGCACACAGGAAGUCUUUUUACUCUAGAUAAGGUUUGUUCUGCAUCUCAAGACUCAGUCGUUCCUCUUUCAGGUGGAGAAAGUCACCUGUUUCUUAUUCCUCAAUUCGAAGUGUGAUGACGUGUUCUCAGUUUCUAGUAAUCACGGGGUUCAUCCCUAAUGGAACCCUAUUCCCUGCAUAGGGUUCUGGUCAAAAGUAGUGCACUAUAUAGGGAAUAGAGUGCCAUUUGGGACACAUUAGUCUACAUCACAGGCCCCAACUCUGACAGACUUUUGAGAGCUAUCCAAAUAAAUCUUAUAUUAAACAGUCUUCUUGGGAAUCAGAUUAGAUCGUGGCUAUGAUUCUGACAUGUCUGUCCUCACCCACUCACGUGAGCCUCAUGCCUGAUGGACUCCAGAGACUGUAUUCAUAAAGUCGCUCAGACUGAUAGGCUGACCACACUGCUCGCGUCGUGUGCACGUUGCAAAAUAAAUGUAGGAAUUUAUGUUAUUCAAUUAUUGCACCCACACUGCUCGUGCGCAUCAACGAGUGUCUGCGUUGCCAAGGGCUAAAAUAGAAGUAAUCCCUAUUUCUGACGCAGAUUGCGCUACAAGUCCUGCCUCUCCCAUCUCCUCAUUGGUUUAUAGAAGCAGCAUGUACCCACGUGCCUUCUCCUCAUUGGUUAUACCGACAUGGGUGAUUUGAAAGACGAACCGAUGCCGGUUGUCGUGGUAAUACUAUGACAGUUUAGAUGCCAAUCACCAUAUAAGUUAAACUAUGAAAAAGCCUGGAAGGAGGAGGGAUGACUAGAAACAAUUCGGUUGACCGUUUUUAUGUGUGGAUUAAUUGUCAGAGUAGAGGACCUUGUGCAUUUCAGGUAAAAUAACAACCUAAUGUUUAUACCCCAGGACAAAUUAGCUAGCAACAACAAGCUAGCUGAACAGGACAAAUUAGCUAGGAAGUGCAAGCUAACUAGCUAAAUGACCAUACAUGUUUAAUGUUUUUCGACCUGUCCCCAAAUUAAUGUCAUUGGUUCAGAGUUUGUUUUGAUAUUUUAACCUGCGUGUCGUUAUUGCGUUUGGUGUGGGGGGGCAAAAUACAUUUAUGCACGAUGGCGCACGCGCGCAGCCGGUUUAGGUUCUGUGUAAGAGUGCUGUUCUAGGAUCAGUUUUUCCUUUAACAUCAUGAUGAAUAAGAUUAGCCUACAUUGGUCAAGGACUCGGAUGGACCUGAUCCUAGAUCAGCAGAACUUACUCUGAGACGCUUUAUGAACCACUACGAGCUCAGAAUUCUCUGCAAUCAACCACUCAUCUAUCCCAUGGGAAAGCAGGGCAGCGUAGGUGACAUAUCAUCAUUAUACAAGGAUCCACUACUACAGGGACAGUCCUUGUAAAAGGUGCCAUCCUCAUUUCGGCAAACAAUUUCUGGUUAUGUUAGGAAAUGUCUCUUCAUCACUCCAACCUCUUAAUGGAAAAAGGUGUUGGCUUAAUGUUUUCCCACCAUUGAUAGCGCCUCACACAUUUUCCCUUUGAAAGCCGCUGAACGAUUUACCCUCUCUCUUUUGUCACUCUUAUUUCACGCUCUGAAUAACAGCUCUCUCUCUUUGCCUCUCUCUCCCUCCCUCCCCCUCUUUCUCUUUCUUUCCUACAUGCAUAAAUUGAGCCAGCCUCCUGGUAACUCUUCCUGAGCUACCAGCAGAGUCAGAUUUUUCAUUUGCAGUUAAAUGGCGCUCGACACAUGCAGCUUGGUUGAUAAUUGACUUCACUCAGCUGAACGGAGGGAUGAUUAGACCAACAAGUGGUGUAGUUGGAAGCGGCUCUCGUGGCAUGACUACUACAAACAAGGGAAACAAAGCCUUGAAGGUGAAGAAGGAGCCAGGGGAGAAUGGGACCAGCCUCACGGACGACGAACUGGUGACCAUGUCUGUCCGGGAGCUCAACGCUCACCUCCGCGGCCUCACCAAGGACGAAAUCCUGCAGCUCAAGCAGCGGCGGCGCACCCUGAAGAACCGUGGCUACGCCGCCAGCUGCCGCGUCAAGCGGGUCACCCAGAAGGAGGAGCUAGAGAAGCAGAAGACGGAGCUGCAGCUGGAGGUGGACAAGCUGGCCACAGAGAACGCCACCAUGAAGGUGGAGCUGGACUCGCUGCGCUCCAAGUACGAGGCCCUGCAGAGCUUCGCCAGGACUGUGGCGCGCAGCCCGGCCGUAGCCUUAACCCCAGGGGGUCGGGGGGUCAUGGGGCCCCUGGUCCCUGGGAAGGUGGCCACGGCCACCAGCGUCAUCACCAUCAUCAAGUCCAAGACGGGAGCCAGGUCGUAGUAUCGGGGCUGGGUGGCGUGGAGAGUUAUCAGACUAAUGAAACAACGUGUACUAUAGUCACUGUAUCAUCAUGGAGCACAGGAUUAGUUCCCUUGUCUGUCUUUUGGGCCAGAACACACAACACAACCCCCCAGACGUUUGUACCAGCUAGUAACACUCUUUCAAUUGGCCAGCAGCAGAGGCCACACCAACCCUUAUCAGACAGCCUUUAGUAGGAUUAACUGCCUUGGCACUGUACAAGCAGAAAUACAUACACCAGAGGAGGCUUGUCGGAGGAGCUAUAGGAGGACGGGCUCAUUGUAAUGGCUGGAAUGGAAUACAUGAAACGGGAUCAAACACAUCAAACAUAUGGAAACCACAUGUUUGACUCUGUUCCAUGAAUUCCAUUCCAGCCAUUACAACGAGCCUCCGCUGAAAUAUACACAUCCGUCCUCUAUAGUAUAUUUUCACGUACUGGAUUCCAAAAGGUUAAACGUCACGUGAGUCCAGGAAGGUCGUACGACGCAGCCCAAUCCAUAAUUGAUGUCACUCCAUCUGGUGUUGGAAGUGGAGCUGUCGAUUGAUUUGUGUGUUUUUGUACAUGGUACUAAGUGUUUGAGUGUUUGUUUGUUUCCUCCAGAUGGCCCCUCUGAGUCUUUUCCGUCCCGACACAGGAUUUUGAUGUGGAAAUGCACUCUUUCAUAACUACUAGCCACCAACAGUCUAGCCACACCCGGUUGUCAUUAUGCUUCAACUUCUUAGCCCUCUCUCCGUAUCACAAGUGGAGAAAGAGUGAUUGCACUUAGCAACAAGCCUGGGCCUGUUAGAAUGCACUGACUACUAUGAGAAGAGGGAAAUGCACUGUAUGUUAUUGAUGUCUUGUGAGCAGCCUUCAGUAAGGACUAGUUACUCACCCAUCAGACCAGUUCAUGUGAUUUUAGUUGGUUAAACAAACUAAACAGGAAAUUCUGUUAAGUUGAGCAUUUAUUUAGGUUCAGUUCAGCCUGUCACUGAAUUUUACCAACAGGAGAUGCAAUAACACACACAUGCACUGAGACAUAGGAGAUGUCUCUUACAUAGUUUAAUGGAAGUGGAAUGAGUCAAUCUGAUCGGCAAAAUAAUACGAUAGCCUACUUGGUAUGGGAUGAUGAUGAUGAUGAUGAUGAUUAUAAUAAUAGGUGGGAUGCUGGAGUUGACCAUGCCAUAUUAUUAUAAUAAUAGGUGGGAUGUUGGAGUUGACCAUGCCAUAUUAUUAUAAUACUAGGUGGGAUGCUGGAGUUGCCAUUCCAGGAUUACAAGAUUGUUUAUUUCUCCAGUAUCUGAGAACCACAAUGUUUUUACAAGAUCUUGUGAUGAUUAUGCUUUCGGGGGACAAUAUUUUUAUCCUCAAAACAUUUAAAACUCAAUUUGUGCUCCAUCGAGUAAAUAAGUUGAAACUGUUUUGUAAAUAAAUAGUUUUUUUUUGUGCGUAUGUAAUAACAUGUGAACUGGCUGGUCACAUAUUCCAAAAUCAUAUUCACACAACAAGCUUUACUGUUUAAUGGUCAACGUGUGUGUAUUCUAGAAGUCGUUGACUUGGAGUUCUUGAUGUGUAUUGAUCCAUAGACGAGCAUCUGGCGUUGUUUAUAGAAACACUGGAAAAGAAAACUUCAAACAAAAAAACCUGUGAUAUCCUUUUUGCAAUUGUACCAAAAGUGGCUUACUAUUGAAGGCUGGUAGCUUUUUCUAGUGACUAGGCGCGUACUGUGUGGGGUAGCGCGUGACGUGACGUGUAUAAGUGACAGUUGGCAGUGUUGUUCACUGUAUAGAUGUCAUGCUGUGGUAUUUUCUAUAGGAAUCUGUAAUAGAGAUAAUAUAGCUGGUGUAAACAUCAUAUAUUGUCUUCAUCCAUAUUGGCAUCUGUAAUAUCUUCCACUAGCUGUGAUUCACAAAUGUUUUUGUCAUUGCGACGUUAUUACUGUCGACGUCAUUACUGUCGACCGAGCAGGCAUAGGAAGGGUAAGGUAAUGCCCUUGGUUAAUUUGUAUGGGGUAUGAUAAUGCCCUUGGUUCAUUUUGAAUCCCAGUUAAGUGACCCUCCUAACCUCUUUGGUUUCAAUUCCAGGGGGACAUCACCUCUGAUUUAGAUUAAACUCUUAUUGUCUUAUCCAUUUACCAAAGGGGACUACUUGCAAUUUGCCAAGGGAUAAUAGCCUCACAAUUAACUUUUUCAAAGACUAAGCAAAAUCAAAAUAUUUGACUCUCUCUUACUGUAUAACCAAGCAUUGUAAAAGUUCUCCUUGAAUAAAUAACUUCUUGUCAUUCUAACUAUGAGAAGGGAGGCUCAGCAUGCAGCUUUAUACAGGUGACUAACAACAGGUCCUGACUGUUAGGUUGUGUUCAUGGUUUGUGUGAGGGUAAACAUGCACUAAUCUCCAGCUUGUUCUGCUCAGGAGAAAUCAAGGUUGCCCUAAAAAUAAACCAUUACUGCUCUGAGAAGAAGCUGUUGGGGAUGGCUCUUAUGGUGAUAGUCGCUCAUUUACAAUUUUUCUAAAAGGGCUUUUUGUUCAGACACCAAAUGAAGAUGUGGGAAGAUCAACCUGCUGGCAGUAAUGCUGCUUAUGUGCCAAGUGUCACCCCUGUCCUCUGACCCUGUACGAGGGAUUUAUCAGGAAGCAGUUUUACCUUAAAAAGUGACAGUAUCUUUGUAAUGACAUUAAGGGAUAUGUUCAGUAUUUUACAACUUCAUGUCAGAUGGUUCCUUGCCCUGAAUAUAGUCUAUAUGAGCCUGAAGAAACUGUACUCCAUGGUUUGAAUUUCUUUAAUCAGCCAAUAUAAACUUCAGCUAACUUCAUCCUCUGACAGCUAAAAAUCAAUGGGAGUGAUGGGGGCAAAUGUUCAAAAAGGGAUGCCAAAUCAUCUUUAAGUAAUGUAAAACCCAAUCAUUACAGUUUCUCCUGGCUCGUACACUUCUAUCAGGGUAAGGAUACCAUCUAGCAUUAAGUUGUUAAUUAGUGAACGUGUCCUUUUAAAACAGAGCAGCUGAGAGGAAAAGGUUAGGAAGCAGAGAGCUGGAUAUGUCCAAAUUAUCCAGGAUCCAGACUGUUAGUCUAUAGCUAGAAUAGUCAAGGAAGGCAGAAGUAACCCAGAGCAUUUGAAGUUGUAUGGUAGGUAGACCUGAACAGGAGGAACCCAGAGCACUUGAAGUUGUAUGGUAGGUAGACCUGAACAGGAGGAACCCAGAGCAUUUGAAGUUGUAUGGUAGGUAGACCUGAACAGGAGGAACCCAGAGCACUUGAAGUUGUAUGGUAGGUAGACCUGAACAGGAGGAACCCAGAGCAUUUGAAGUUGUAUGGUAGGUGGACCUGAA